AUGCCCUUUGUCGCAAAUACUCCCGAGUCUUACCUCAACCGCUCCGACUCCAAAGUAGCCGACGGAACAUGUCGCGGCAUCACCUCCAACGGCCGGCCGUGUCGUCGCGCUGUUGCGCAGCAAACACCAAAGACCGAUAAGCGCGGAAGACCUGUUACUCCGGAUCCUCGCGAUGAGAGCCUUUACUGCUGGCAGCACCGAGAGCAGGCGAGCGCGUCGGCGCAUUCGAGCCCUGGACCUAGAGCUACUUCGACGCCGAUUCUAGAGGGACGGACGAGUCUGGAUACUCUCGCCGAUCGACUCGGUUUGGUGGAUUUGCAGGAGAAGAAGAAGAACAAGCAAGAGAAGGUUGGCACGGGGCGCAAGACGAGUACAUCAUACUCCAAGCCGAAACCAAAGCAAUCUCUCUCAUGCUGUUGCUUCUCAGUUCCUCUCGACGACGCUCAAGAUUCUCACCCUUCACGUCCCCAACCACGACCCGUGCAGCGGUUGUCUGCCUCUGUACCACCCAAACAGUCCUCAAAACUCGCCUCGUCGCAAAACGCAUCCAUCGGCAAAGCCUCCCGCCGGUCGCGUAAAUCCACAGGCUCCCAAACAGCGCAGAUCAAAGAUUUCAUCCCCGACACGGUCGAUGCGCAGACCGCCUCAGCACUCAUGUCCGAACUAGCUCGGCCGUUCGGUAACUCGGAGGAGCCCGGCUUCAUAUACAUGUUCUGGCUCACGCCCACAUCUCCAUCUACAGCUGCGCCGGUUGACGCAGCGCGCUCGCUCCUCUCUCCCCCAUCGCCAAAUCGCCCGCCGCGAUCUCGAAGUGCAAGUAACGCUGUAUCCAGCUUUGCGGCAGCCGAUCCCUCUACCUCCAAAAACACCAUGCUUCUCAAGAUUGGCCGUGCAGCCAACGUUCAGCGACGUUUGAACCAAUGGCAGCGUCAGUGCGGUCAUGAUGUUGAGAUUCUGCGAUACUACCCCUACCUCUCUGGGUCGCUGGAGUCGUCUGGUGUGGUUCCCCACAUGACGCAGCAUGUGCACCGUGUAGAGCGCUUAGUGCACAUCGAGCUUGCGGGGAUGGGCCUCAAGGCAGACGCUGGCAAGUGUGAAGCGUGCGGGAGAGAGCACCGUGAGUGGUUUGAGGUGGAGGCUACGAGAGAAGGUGUUAAAUCCGUGGAUGGUGUUAUAAGACGAUGGAUAGAAUGGGACGAAACAAACAGAUAA